UCUGAUUAUUGUUGUGUACACAUAUACAUACAGUUUUAUUUGCUUUACAGUUUCUCUCCUUUUUUCGAUUUUGAAUAACGUAUUCACCACGUUGGAUCGAAGACUUUCAAGAUAAGAUCUUAAGAAAUGGCAUUUGUGGGUCGCAUGAACAGUCGUGGCAAGUUUGUUGACUGUGAAAUGUAUAGCGGUGGACGCUCUAAGGUGAAUACAACACCGAAUGGAUCGUUGGAUGAGGAGACCGAAAUGGGCACUCGGCGUACAAAAUGCUCGCGUACAUACAUCAAGUCGUAUGACCAUGAGCCGCGUCUCAUGCUCUCUAGUCCCAGCACGGUGCGCUAUGUGGGCCGCUCCGCAUCGUCCUGCGAGCUCAACUCGAUGGCCGACACGGAGAUGUCCACACUGCGCUGCAGCUCACCGAGAUCCUUGGAAACGGACACUGUAACACUGACACCCGAAAACAACUCCGAAAAUAGCUCCUUGUCUGAUGGUAGUGGAGCAGUCGCUGCAACGGCCGAGAGAAUAAUGCCGCCGCCAAGACAACAAAUGUUACUUAAGCAAUACGAGGUGGAGGAGCAGCAACUGGAAAGAGGUUCCACAACAUCCAUGUGCAGCUGGGAGGAGGAGGAGGCCGUCUCCAUGUAUACGUCGAUGGAUAGCCAACCAAUCGACGAACCCGAAACUCGGAGCUGCUGUGCUGUGCCCCUACUCGAACUUGGCUCGGACACAGCCUCCCUCUACUAUGACCAGCAAGUGCAAUUGGAUCAAUUGAAGCUGAUGCGUCGCUCGAACGAGGCCUACGAUAAUUGGCUUUCGGGCAAGAAGCGGCAAUACCAAUACAAGCAGCAGGCAGCGCGGGAACAGCGCGAGCUAAAACAACGAAAGGAGGCAUUGCGUCAACAGCUAAACGAGCAGCGGGUACAGGAAUGGUGUCAGCGAAAGGCACGCCAAUGCAACGCAAACACCAACGCCCGAACCAGCACCAACACGAACACCAACAAGCACAGAUCAAACACUGCUGCUAGGCCAGUUCGGCAGCAAUUGAUAGAUGAGACAACGGCGCAACGACGCCUCCAGGGCUGGGAGUUGAAGAAGAUGCAACAGGCGGAGCAGCGGCGUCAGCUGGAGCAGCGCGAGCAGCUGCGAAAGCAACGGGAACAGCAACAGCGCAAACAGCAGGCGGCUCUGGCGUGGCAGCAAUGGGUUAAGGGCGUGGCGCAACGCCCAAAGCCCGUGCCACUUAAUCAAGGCCUAAACACGCUGCGCGGCACAGUCUCAAAUAUCUACAUUAAUCCUAAACAGUGGGUGAACGUUAACGAAAAAACUAGGACCUAAAUAAACAGUAAGCAAUAUUUAAAAU